AUGCACUUCAUUAUUGAGCCUUGUCUAGAAAGCACUCUAAGGGAAGGAAAACUCAGAGAAAUAGGUUACCUCACACUAUCUCCGUUCGUAUACUCUCUCUCUCUCUCUCUCUCUCUCUCUCUCUCUUUCUCUAAAAAAAAAAACUCACUUGUCCACCUCUUUAACAAGAACACAGUGACCCUUUUUUCUCUCCAACCUUCAAGAGAGUUGACUGAUUCAUUUUUUUAUGUUUGCCUCAUAUUUUUCAUCUUGGACUAUCUAUCUAUCUAUCUAUCUAUCUAUCUAUCUCGUUCUGUUCAUAUAUCUGCAUUCUUAUGCAUAUUACUGAUCAUUUUGUAUCUGUCUAUCACUCUAUCUAUCUCGUUAUGUUCAUAUCUAUCUACGCCUCUCGCCUACAAUACCAGCUUCACAGCUCCAAGACGUGUGACGGAUAGGUUGCACGUAGACGAGGCAAGCUGA